AAUAAGUGUGCCCCACCGGUGUGGGCAAUGGAGACGCUUGGUCGUUGAUCCGAUGCAACGUUGUGCGAGACUUGUGCUUUCACUAGCAAUAGCGUGUGAUAAGGCCUGCGUAACGUUAUGAAAUAUAACAACUCGUGCAUAAUUAAUCAGUCUAGCUCUGGAGGAAUGAAAUUGAAACCAUUUUAGAUAGCAUCCACAUUCUUCCCCGAUCCUUGGUCUCGGUAUGAAUAAGCGAUAAGAGAGAGAGAGACCGAUUGUAAUUAUUGUAAUAGCUCCGCCGAUCGGGCAAAACAAGUAUCGGGUGAAGAUAAUCGUUCCGGAACUGAUAAGCUUGCGAAGGUGAACCCUUCAAGGGUGGUUUUAGGUAUUUGUUUGUUGGUUUUACAUGUGACCGUUUUUCCCGGCCGAUACCCUGUACCUUAUGCACAGCGCACAGCUGCACCGUUCCGAGCUGGUUAAUCUCCUCGAACGGUAAAAAAAACACACCAUCAAACACAGCGCAAAGCGCGACAAAAAUUAAGCGACAAGCUUAGAUAAAAACCGGCCGGCCAGAUCAACAACAGCAGUAAAAAAAAACACAAACGGGCACCCCCAGAAAGCGUCUGUCUCGCGCAUACAAUGUUUGUGGUGCACUAACAAUUCCGGCUGUUUGUUUUUUAACGCGCGCGCGCUCUCUUGCUCCCCUCGCAUCAUACCUGCGUAAUCGCUGUUCAAACAGAGCAUUCCGAUACCGCCCAUGUUGCGUCGGGUGCUCCGUGCGGUGUAUGUGUGCGAAACAGUCCACGCUAGUGUAGUAUGGCCGGGUGAGAAGGCACUUCCCUUCGUUCUUCCGCCCGAAAGAACUUCAAGGCGUGGAGACCGGCACCGGGGCUAGAUCGAAGCAGGCUAGUCGAUGCCGUCAUCUGCUAGCGGUCGGAAGGUUUCUAAUGGUGAUCCGCCUUCGAAGUGGCAGUGAAGUGAGCAACUGUGAGUGGAGGCUGCUAAUUGCCUUCGCGAGAAGUAGGCAGUGGGUUUCACCUAUUUUUUGUUUAGCGGCAAAACGCCUCAAAUGGACAUAAUAAGUUGCAAGUUGGUGCGUUUUAGGUAAUGCUUCGGUGCGCCAUUAGCUGCGAGCAGUGACCAUUUACCAGAACCGUAAUAGUAGCACUCGGAAGUACCGGCGGGGGAAGAAAAAUGGCACCCAACGUGUCGGACAGCGACCGGGCCGCGGGAACAGUUUGGCAAAGGGCAAAGGGACGACCGCAGGACACAAUCAACGACCAAAACAACAACGAUGCCUGUCAAAGCGGCAGUAGCAGUAAUCACUGUGAUCAGGGUGCGAGCGUACCACCAACACCGUUCCGGGCCCGCAUUCGGUGGCCCGACCUGUUCGCCCAGCUGUUCGUGCACGGUGGCUUUCUGAUUGGGCUCUACUAUUUGGUCACAUUCCAGGCCAAGUUCUACACCUACCUAUGGACCCUAGGAUUGGUGUGGGCCACCGGCAUCGGCAUUACGGCCGGUGCCCAUCGACUUUGGUCGCACAAAUCGUACAAAGCGCGCUGGCCGCUACGACUGCUAUUGAUGUUCCUAUUCACGAUUUGCGGACAGCGCGAUGCGUACACGUGGGCCCACGACCAUCGCGUGCACCACAAGUACUCGGAGACGGAUGCCGAUCCGCACAACGCCAAGCGGGGCUUCUUCUUCGCCCACGUCGGCUGGGUGUUUCUAACGCCCCACCCGGAGGUGGUGGCGAAGCGGAAAGCCAUCGACAUGAGCGAUCUCGAGGCGGACCCGAUCGUGAUGCUGCAGCGGCGCUACUACCUUCCCCUGUUUGCGCUGCUCGUCAUCGGGCUGCCGGUGCUGGUGCCCUGGUACUGGUGGGGCGAGCAGCUGGCCGUCGCGUUCUGGGUGUGCUUCACGUUCCGCUUCACCACCACGCUCAACAUCGCGUUCUUCGUCAACAGUGUGGCGCACAUGUUCGGCAACAAACCGUACGACCGGAGCAUCAGCCCGGUGGAAAACCUGGCCGUGGCGAUCGCGGCGAUGGGCGAGGGCUGGCACAACUAUCACCACGUGUUCCCGUGGGACUACAAAACCAGCGAGCUCGGCAGCUACCUGUUCAACGUGACGACCGGCUUCAUUGACUGCUUUGCCCGGCUCGGCUGGGCCUACGAUCGUAAAUCCGUGCCGCCGGAAGUGGUGGCCCGCCGGGCGGCCAAGUGUGGCGAUGGGACGCGCUUUCUUAGCGACGAGUACGCCCAUCAGGAUGCGGUGUGGGGGUACGGCGAUCAGGACAUACCAAAGGAAGAUGUGGACGCUAUCGUAAGGACACAGUGCUGAUCGGCAUGGGCAGCCACCAUCGAUCAAAAACGGGAGGGGGGAGGUUCUUGCAGCAUGUUUACUUUGCAAACAGCUUCGCUAGAAUCAGUGCUUAAACGCCGCUUGUGCACAGCAGUUAGCAUUUAACUUAGUGAAUUAAAUCAACUUCUCUUUCAGUAUA